UGUGAGUGUGCGCGCGAUUUAAGGCUAUUUUGUCUUUGACUACUUAGGAGUUUGAUUGACACACACUGCGAGAUUCAGUUUGUGGUUUUUCUUUCUGUUAGUUAUUGCUUAUAUAUUAUUAAUUCUAUCUUAAACAGGACAAAGUGUAGAAACACAGAAUAAAGCGACUGAGAUCCACGUGACACACACUUAUAAAGAUGGCGUUUAUUAAAGAGGAGAGUGAAGACGUGAAGAUUGAAGAAACAUUCAGAGCUGAAUGUGAAGAUGCUGAGAAACAAACAGACUUGAUAGCACUGAAAGAAGAGAGUCAAGAACCUCAAGAGAAGGAUCGAAAUGAAAAACAGCAUGAUCUCAAAACGGAAGAAGAAUCGAUUAGUUGCUCACCAACUGGAAAGACUUCCUCACCAAACAAAGCUCAAACUACACCAAGUACAAACCUUCAUUGCUACAGUAGAGUUCAGAGUUACGCCUGCGAAAAAUGUGGACAAAUUUUCAAUCAGAAAGGAAGCCUUGCAAUGCACAUGAAAUUUCACCUUGAAAAGAAACCUUCAAUAUGCCCUCAGUGUGGAAAGAGUUUUACAAGGAAACAAUAUCUUAAUGUCCAUAUGAGAGUUCACACUAAAGAGAGACCUUGCACCUGCAAACUGUGUGGGAAGAGUUUCUCGAAAGAAUAUUUUAAGGUUCACAUGAAAAUUCACACUGAAAAGAAACCUUCAAUAUGCUCUCAGUGUGGAAAGAGUUUUACAGAGAAAAAAAUCCUUAAAACCCACAUGAGGAUUCACACGGGAGAGAGACCUUUUACCUGCAAACUGUGUGGGAAGAGUUUCUCACGUAAAGACAGCCUUAAGAUUCACACGAGGAUUCACACGGGAGAGAGACCUUUCACAUGUGUUCAGUGUGGAAAGAGUUUUAAACAGAAAAGUCACCUUAUUAGCCACCUAAUAGUUCACACUGAAGAGAACCUCUCAGUGUAGGGUUGUGAUGGUGAGGAGAUUUUCCAAACUGCCCAGGACACCUCCAUCGCCCAAGCCAUCCUCUCUCGAUGUGAAGGAGCAUUGGAUCUACUCCGAGCUCCUUCAGGAUGAGCUCCUCACCCUAUCUCUAAGGGAGCGCCCAGCCACCCUACAGAGGGAACUCAUUUUGGUCGCUUGUAUCCGGGAUCUCAUCCUUUCGGUCAUGACCCAAAGCUCAUGACCAUAGGUGAGAGUAGGAACGAAGAUCGACCAGUAAAUCGAGAGCUUCACCUUGUGGCUCAGCUCCUUCUUCACCUUG